GAAUACAUCAAAGUAGUUUCACACCUGUGUGGCGAAAAUACACUCAGAAUGAACAAGUGUUGCAUGCACGUAUGGCUGAAAAUACUUAGAUCAGGUUGGACAGGAUUUUUUUGAUGGUUUUUUCAUUUUCUUUCCAGUUUUCUGUGCUUCCUGUUUUUCUCAUGGUUCCGGCAUUGUACGGACAUCGGUGGUGAACAGAGAUGAAUUGGUCGGGACUAGAGGCCCUGCUCAGCGGGGUCAACAAAUACUCCACGGUGUUUGGCCGCGUGUGGCUGUCUAUAGUGUUCGUCUUCCGCGUUCUGGUGUUUGUCGUGGCAGCCCAGCGGGUUUGGGGAGACGAAAGUUCAGGCUUUGUGUGCAACACCAGACAGCCAGGCUGCAGCAAUGUCUGCUACGAUGCUACGUUCCCCGUAUCCCACAUCCGUCUAUGGGCAUUGCAGCUCAUCUUCGUCACGUGCCCAUCACUCCUGGUCGUGGCCCAUGUCAAAUACAGAGAGGAAAGAGACAAAAAGUAUGUGGCCGUACAUGAGGGUUCCCACUUAUAUGCCAAUCCUGGUAAGAAACGAGGGGGCCUUUGGUGGACCUACCUGCUGAGUUUGAUUGUCAAAAUAACAGUAGAUGCCGCCUUCCUCUAUAUUCUUCAUCACAUGUAUAACGGCUUCGACCUACCUCGUAUGGUUAAGUGCUCGUUGGACCCGUGUCCCAACACGGUGGAUUGCUUCAUUUCUCGUCCUACAGAGAAGAAAAUCUUUACUUUGUUUAUGGUGGUUUCCUCAGUGCUUUGCAUUUUCAUGUGCAUCUGUGAAAUGGUUUAUCUCAUCGGAAAGCGUAUAGUAAAAUGGUGUACAAUGGCUCAAAAGCAACAAAAGAAAGCUGAAAGAAUUGAUCCCACGCGCAUGAGCAACGCAAGUCUGAGUUCUCGAAAAUCGAAAGACACAAAAUUAGAUAAAACUGCCAUUUAACUCGUACAACCUUUGGGAUUCAAGGAAUUAGUUAAUUUUCUUGCGCAUAAUUCACAAUCUUUGAACAUUUUGAGUUGUGAAAUCUAUUCAUAAGGUUUUUUGAGACAUAAUUAUACAGUAUAUUUUUCGGUACAAUUAAGCUGUCACUGGGGCAGUACCUUUUCUAAAAGUCCUAAUAUGUAUGAUUUAGAUACACUAAACAUUUGGACCAAUAUUGAGGUACUAGUAUGCAGUCUUUGGCAUCAAUAUGUACCUCUGAUGUACUAUUAUGAACUCUUUAAGUACACGGUGUACUUUAUAAAAAGGUCCAGACACAGUGACAGCUAGGGAGCAUUUUUUAGAACAGUGUAUUACUUAAUAAUGUUUUUGUCCUGCUUUUGUAAUUUAAUGCAACACUGAUUGUGCAUUUUAUAAUAAUAAUUGUAAACUUAAAGGGACACUUCACUUUUUUUGAAAAUAUGCUCAUUUUCCGGCUCCCCUAGAGUUAAAAAUUAGAUUUUUACCAUUUUGGAAUCCAUUCAACCAAUCUCCGGGUAUGGCAGUACCACUUUUAGCAUAGCUUAGCACAAUUCAUUAAAUCUAAUUAGACCAUUAGCAUCACACUCAAAAAUGUGAUGCACAAUCCAUUGAAUCGGAUUAGACCAUUAGCAUCACGCUCAAAAAUUAACCAGAGUUUCAAUAUUUUUCCUAUUUAAAACUUGAGUCUUUUGUAGUUACAUCAUGUACUAAGACCUCACUACUAUACUCUCAUUCUGGCAUAAUGAUCAAGGACUUCGCUGCAGGAGGCGCAAUGAUAUUACGCAGUGCCCGAAAAUACUCAUCAGCUAUUGAAAGUUUCCAAGGGGACUAUUUUCAGGCAUCCUUGAUUAUUACGCCAGAAUGAGAGUAUAGUUCCUAGCCAUAUUGGUCUAGAAAAUCGCAACUUUUAAUUUUCUGUCGGUCUUAGUACACAAUAUAACUACAGAAGAGUGAAGUUUUAAAUAGGAAAAAUAUUGAAACUCUCUGGUUAUUUUUGAGCGUGACGCUAAUGGUCUAAUCAGAUUCAAUGGAUUAUGCUAAGCUAUGCUAAAAGUGGUACCGCCAUACCCGGGGAUCGGCUGAAUGGAUUCCAAAAUGGUAAAAAUCAAAUGGGGAGCUGGAAAAUGAGCAUAUUUUCAAAAAAAAUUUGAGUGUCCUUAUAACAUUGCGAGUGAAAGUACUUAUUUAUAAAAUUACAUACAUUUUAUCACUUCUUUUAUUUGGUUUGUCCCCCUUUGCCUUAAAGGUUACAUUUUACAAGACCUUUUUAAGACAUCUUCUGACAUCACAAGGGGAAACAAAUUUCAUGACCUAUUUUUUCCUUGCUUGCAACCUAGUGACUUUUUACCAAAACUAAGUUAUUGAGUUGUUAAUUUUCAUAUUUUCUAGGUUGAUAGAAGCACUGGGGACCCAAUUAUAGCACUUAAACAUGGAUAUGUCCUGAUAUGUCCUCUUUAACUCUUUCCUCGACAUUGACGAGUUAUGUCGUCAAUUAAGAGAAAACAUAUGCAUUAAAAAAAAACGUGUUUCUGAAUAAUUUGAUGUUGGCCUGUAUUACCCAAUUUAUGGAAAAAACUGAAGACAAAACGUUAUUUACUAAUUCUAAACUCUCUGUAUGUUUUGAUAAUCGUUCUGGAUCUGAUCUCUAACAAAAUUCCUUCACAAAAAUGCACUUAUUUCAGCUUUUUGCUAAAAAAAAUAUUUUUAAAGAAAAAUACCCAUAUUUAAAAGUUUAUAAGCAGAGAAAAAAAUAUAGAUAGGAUGAAACGGGUUUUCUCUGUUUUGUUUGUUUGUUUAUUGUUUGUUUGAAAGCAGAGGGUCUGUUAUUUCAUUUGAUAUAUUUGUAUGUUUAUAUACUUUUAGAAGAAAAUUUUCCUGGAAGGUAUUUUGUGAAACUUUUGUAAAAAUCACAAAAAAUGCUGGCGGGCAACUUAAAAAAAAAAUGGCUGGUGGGGAAUGAGUUAAUAACCAGUGUACAAACUAAGCUGGCGUGGACUUCACAAAUGUGCAAUAUUUUAUUUUCUUGUAUUUAUUUAUUUUGUAACAAUCUCAAGGCACUUCUUGGGAACCAAACCCAUGAUGCAUUUAUGCGGUAAAAUCCCAUAAUAGUUUGUCUCCAAAUACUUAAUAGUCACUGUCAAUGUUGUUUUUCUUGUAAACUUUGUGGUUGAUCUGAUAUUUGCACAUCUACAGUAAUAUGAGACAAUUUUGCUAUGUUUUUGUUUACCUUUGUCUAUUUAGUGUACAGAGCAAAUGAAUGUUCAUUUACAUAAAGGUGUUGUCUGUGGAGUCAGUGUAUGAUCUAAAAUGUGUAAAGCACAUUAGCAAUACAUUCUUAAGCGACCGAAAAUGCCAUAUUAAAACACCUGUAUGGCUUUUCAAACUCUAAGUAUGCUAUCCAUCAUUGUUACAUUGUUGGUUUGUCUUUUCAGUCCAUAUUGCUGUCAGCCUGCACUACUUUUGUACCCAGAAUGCAUUUAAAAAUAAAAUGCUUUAGCACACAUAGUGCCCAGUGCACUUUAAUUUACAUGUUACAUAAGAAUCACCUCCUGAUCUUUUACAUU